AGAAAACCUGAUGGCCAAAAAGGAACUCGUGGAGAAGCAGCUUCAGAAUCUGGAGGCUAGAAUCGAAGAAAGAACCCAGAACCAAUUCAGUGAGCCGAAGAAGGAGCCGCCGCACAACAAGUGAAGGAUUGAGUCUGAAAGAAUGCGAGCUCAAAAAGAUAAUGCCACCGCCCAAUGUCUUGGUUGGUUCGAUUACUGCUUGCUAGCCUUAUGCGAUGGACUGGCAUUCAAGUGACGAAUGUCCGGGCGAUUGAUCGUCACCUUAUGCGGAGCCCUAUGGCGUAAGGUCCAGCUGCGCUGUAUUUUCCCUUACGUCGAGGGCGGUGCGACAUACGUGAACGAACAGUCUCCAAAUAAGACUGGAUCACGUUCGAGAAGAGAUGCUCUGACUGGGUAUCGAACGCGAGAUGAACUUCAGAGACCAACAUCAGACCAGCUAUUAAUCGUAUCGUUCAAUGAAUACAAGUCGAGCCAUGUGAUCCUUGUAUCCAGUAUCGGCUCUCAUGCCAUGGGUGGCACUAUCAGGGCUACUCUUGGGCAUGCUACGAGAGAGCCGCGAAUAUUGUGCGAGCUGAACAUUUGAAGCGGCGAUAUCUUGAGGAUUGCAUGGUUUAUUCCAAAAUUAGCAUUCGACUGUAUAUGAUCACUCUUCUCCGUCCACUACCUAUUCAAGAAC